AUGGAACUUAGUUCGAGAGUAAUCUACGCAUCUAUCCAUAAGACGAAGGGACUGAGAGAUUACUUUCUAUCUAUCUAUCUAUCUAUCUAUCUAUCUAUCUAUCUAUCUAUCUAUCUAUCUAUCUAUCCCAUUAUGUUCAUGUCUUCAUAUAUCUCUAAGCAUCUAUGCCAGUUUGCUCAUAUCUAUCUAUCUAUCUAUCUAUCUAUCUAUCUAUCUAUCAUAGUCUGUCUCUAUUCUGUCUAUACUAUCUAUCUAUCUAUCUAUCUUACUAUCUAUCUAGCUAGCUUAUUCUGUUCCUAUCUAUCUAUCUAUCUAUCUAUCUAUCUUAUUCUGUUCCUAUCUAUCUAUCUAUCUAUCUAUCUAUCUAUCUACAUUAAUCUAUCUAUCUAUCUAUCUAUCUAUCUAUCUAUCUAUCUCAGUCUGUUCUUAUCUAUCUAUCUACUAUCUGAAAUGAAAGCGCAUAGGAACCAAAAAAUGUAUGUGAGGAAAGGUUGUUGGAAAAAUACUCUAUCCAACGAUAUCUAUCUAUCUAUCUACGUUCUUAUUUACCGAUGA